AUGGGGAAGGAGGCAGCCGCAGCGGAGUCGUCGUCGACGGUGGUGCUGGCCGUCAACGGCAAGCGGUACGAGGCGGCCGGCGUGGCCCCGUCGUCGUCGCUGCUGGAGUUCCUGCGCACCCAAACGCCCGUCAGGGUCCCCAAGCUCGGCUGCGGCGAAGGUGGCUGUGGUGCAUGCGUCAUCCUUGUAUCCAGGUAUGACCCGGCCACUGAUGAGGUAACCGAGUACUCGGCGAGCUCCUGCCUGACGCUGCUCCAGAGCGUGGACCGUUGCUCGGUGACCACCGGUGAGGGCAUAGGCAACACUAAGGAUGGCUACCACCCAGUGCAGCAGCGCCUGGCUGGCUUCCACGCCUCUCAGCGUGGCUUCUGCACGCCCAGCAUGCCCAUCAUCGAGGCCUGCAAGAGCUUCGCGGCUGACGUCGACCUCGAUGACCUGGGCCUCAACUGUUUCUGGAAGAAAGGCCAUGAGCCUGCAGAAUUCAGCCAACUACCGGGCUACAACAGAGGCAGCGUCUGCACCUUCCCCGAGUUCCUCAAAUCAGAGAUCGAGUCUUCUCUAGAGCAGGUGAAUGGUGCUCUGGUUGCAGUCUCCAACGAUGGCUGGUACCAUCCUAAGAGCAUCCAAGAGCUUUACAAUCUGUUUGAUUCCAAUUGGUAUGAUGAAAAUUCUGUGAAGAUCGUGGCUUCAAACACUGGGUCUGGAGUGUACAAGGAUCAAGACCUAUAUGAAAAGUACAUUAACAUCAAAGGAAUCCCAGAGCUUUCAGUCAUCAACAGAAGCAGCAAGGGGGUUGAGCUUGGAUCAGUUGUGUCCAUCUCUAAAGCCAUUGAGGUGUUGUCAGAUGGAAACCGUCUCUUCAAAAAGAUUGCAGAUCACCUGAACAAAGUAGCUUCACCAUUCAUUCGGAACACUGCAACCAUAGGGGGAAACAUAAUCAUGGCACAGAGGUUGCCUUUUGCAUCAGACAUAUCAACCGUACUACUAGCUACAGGUUCGACGGUCACCAUCCAGGUGGCUUCCAAAAGGCUAUGCCUCACUUUGGAGUUCUUGGAGCAGCCUCCAUGUGAUUCUAGAACUCUGCUGAUAAGCAUAUUCAUCCCAUAUUGGGGUUCAGAUGGAGAUGGUAUCACCUUUGAGACAUUCCGAGCAGCACCUCGCCCAUUUGGCAAUGCCAAUGCCGUCUCAUAUGUCAAUUCUGCUUUCUUAGCAAAGACUUCAGAGGAUGCAGCAUCAGGAGUUGAUCAUGCCAUCAGAGCCAGGAAGGUUGAGGAUUUUCUAAAGGGGAAAGCAGCGAGCUCGUUUGUUAUACUUGAAGCCGUUCGACUGCUUAAAGAGUCUAUUUCACCAUCAGAAGGGACAACACAUCCUGAAUACAGGAUCAGUUUGGCUGUCAGUUUCUUGUUCACCUUCUUGUCUCCCCUAGUGAAGGCUGAUACUCCCAAUGGGCCAUAUACAAAUGGCAGCUCUAAGUAUUCAUUUCAGGAUCAAGCUAAGGUUGACAUCAAUGAUUUACCAAUAUGUUCAAGACAAGAAAUGGUUUUCACUGACGACAAAUACAAACCAGUUGGCAAGCCGAUCAAGAAAGACGGGGUAGAGCUACAAGCUUCUGGGGAGGCUGUGUACGUUGAUGAUAUCCCUGCCCCCAAGGAUUGCUUCUAUGGAGCAUUUAUCUAUAGCACACACCCUCAUGCUCAUGUAAAGAGUAUCAACUUCAAAUCAUCUUUAGCUUCAAAGAAGGUCGUCACAGUUAUCACUGCAAAGGAUAUUCCAAGCAGUGGGAAAAAUGUUGGAAGCUGCUUCAUGAUGCUAGGAGACGAAGCACUUUUUGCUGAUCCAGUUGCUAAAUUUGCUGGUCAGAAAAUUGGUGUCGUGAUUGCAGAAACACAGAGGUACGCCUAUAUGGCAGCAAAGCAAGCUGUUAUUGAGUACAGCACAGAAAAUCUUCGGCCACCAAUUCUGUCAAUAGAAGAUGCCAUCAAACAUAACAGCCUCUUCCACACUCCUCAAUUUUUUGCACAUAAGCUACAGCCAGUUGGUGAUUACAACCAAGGGAUGUCUGAAGCUGACCAUAAGAUUUUAUCAGCAGAGGUAAAACUUGAGUCCCAGUACUAUUUCUACAUGGAAACACAAGUGGCACUAGCUAUUCCUCGUCACAAUCUCCUUAGCUCACACAAAGUGUGA